AUGGACCUCUCCCACUUGGUGGCAGUGGGCCUCUUCCCAGCCAAGCGGCAGCCGCUGUCGAGUGCUGAUUUGGAUUACUUUCGACAACACGGGAUCGAUGAAGUUCUAGCGGACCUGGUGUCCCAGCUUGCCAAGCAGAAGCCUGCAGAUCCCUUCGGGCACAUUGCAGAUGCUGCUUCCAAGCUCCGGAAGAACCAAGGUCCGCCAGCCGCAGCUAGCAAGGCCGCGGCGAGCAAGCCGGCGGAGAAGCCCAAAGCCGAGCCACAGGUGGCCAAAGCCAAGGCACCAGCGGCAUCUACGCCGGCAGCUGCCGCACCUGUCCUUUCAGGUGAGCAGAAGGCCCAGAUCGAUGCGGUUGGAGAGGAGCUCCGUGCGCUGAAAACAAAGCUCAAGAGCGAGGGGCUGGCUGGAAAGGACAUCAAUGGCAAGCCUGAGGUCCAGGCCCUGGUUGCCAAGCUGACCCAGUUGAAAGAAGGAGGAGACGCUGCGCCAGCGGCCAAAGCAAAAGCCGCACCAGCUCCCAAAGAGAAGGCAAAAGCCAAAGCCCAGGCCAAGCAAGUUGCAACCAAGGAGGAUGUCGCAGCAAAGCAGCAGGCCAAGGGCGGCGGUCUGGUCGUAAAGAAGGCAGACAGCGUUCCAGAUUGGUACGCGGAGGUAAUCGGCAAAGGGCAGCUGAUCGAGAAGUACCCUGUCAAGGGCUGCUUCAUCCUCCGCCCGUGGGCCUACAAGCUGUGGGAGCAGAUACAGGGCUGGUUGGACUCGCAGAUCAAGGUGCUGGGAGUCGAAAACUGCUACUUCCCCAUGUUCAUCCCCAAGUGCUACAUGGAAAAGGAGAGCGACCACUUGGACGACUUUGCGCCAGAGCUUGCGAUGGUAACAAAGUUCGGCAAUGAGGAGAUUGAUGAGCCCGUUGCGAUAAGGCCGACGAGUGAAACCGCCAUGUAUGCGGCAUAUUCGGACUGGGUGCAGUCACACAGGGAUCUGCCCCUCAAGCUGAAUCAGUGGUGCAGUGUCGUCCGCUGGGAGGUCAAGCAGACAACUCCUUUUCUGCGCACCCGCGAGUUCUUAUGGCAAGAGGGCCACACUGCUUUCGCGGAGAAGGCUCAGGCGGAGGAGGAGGUCCUGCAGAUCCUGGAGCUGUACGCUCGGGUCUACGAGGAGCUGCUUGCCAUCCCUGUGGUGCGUGGGAGAAAGACCAAGGCUGAGACUUUUCCCGGCGCGGACUACACAACGACGGUAGAAGCGUUCAUUCCAGCCACAGGCCGCGCGAUCCAGGGUGCCACGUCACACCACCUAGGCCAGAACUUCUCGAAGAUGUUUGGCAUCCAUUUCCAGGAUCCGAAGGAUCCCACAGGCACUGCCUUUGAGCACGCGUACCAGAACUCCUGGGGCCUCACCCAGCGAACCAUUGGAGUGAUGGUGAUGGUUCAUGGUGACGACAAAGGGUUGGUGCUCCCUCCCAACGUGGCUGGCUACCAGGUGGUCAUUGUGCCGCUGGGCAUCAAGGCCAACAGCACCGAGGAAGACAAGAAAACCUUAGCUGAAGUAUCCCAGUUGUAUGCCACGAGAUUGGCGGCGGCUGGCGUUCGUGUGCACCUGGAUGCUGACAACACCUAUUCUCCUGGAUGGAAGUUCAACCACUGGGAGAUGAAGGGCGUACCUUUGAGGAUCGAGCUGGGCCCACUCGACAUCAAAAAAGGCGAGUUUGUCAUGGCCAAAAGAAACGUCCUGGACCAGAAGGCUGGCAAGGUUGUCGGAAAGCACGACUCCCUUGAAUCCGACGUGAAAAGAACCCUUGAUGAAAUACAUAACGAGCUGUAUUCCAAAGCCCUUUCUGAACGGGAUAGCCGUUUGGCUUCGAUAAAUGAGUGGAAGGACUUCAGUCCAAACCUGAACGCUGGCAAGCUGGUUCUGGUGCCGUUCUGUGGCGAAAAAGACUGCGAGGAAAAGAUCAAGGAGAAGUCAAAGGAGGAGGCACAAGAAGUUGAGGUGGCUGGUGGUCUGAAGAUGGGUGCCAAGAGCUUGUGCGUCCCGAUUGAGGACUCGGCUUCUGCCCUUUGCCAAUCCCGAAUUCCUGUGCAGUGUAGGCAGGGACAAAGCGUGUUCCAACCUGAGUGGACUACGUGCUUGGGCCCAAGCCAGCUGAGCAACGCCUCAGCCGGCUUUGCAUGGCUUUGGAUUUAG